AUGAUCUUCUCGGCCCUCUCGCCCUCCCCAGACACCGACCAGGCUGUCGAAUAUCUUUACGAUGACUCGCAACUCCAGCCGCCUUCUCCCGAGCCUCCAGACCUUCGUGACCUCAACAACAGCCUCGAGGCUCUCACCGCCGUCUUUCCCGAUGUGCAGAUCGAGGUGUUUCGAGAGAUGCUCUCCAGCUUCGACCAGGAGUCUAGGCUCGCUGUGGUCGCAGACGCUCUGCUCAAAAACAGGAUUGGAUGGGUCAAAGGGCGCUGGAGGAGCACCGCUGGCCCUACAAAGUCUACACUUACGUCAUCUUUGGCAGGCGAGAAGAUCACUCUCGUGCCUCCUGCCGAGACAUUCAAAAGCCCCGAGUACAUAGCAGCGACGAAAGGCCUGGCCUGGCACGAGUUCAGGGGCCUGCCUCGCUCAACAAUCAACGCUGUCCUGGCCGAGUGCAACUACUCGUACCUCGAAGCGAGACGGACCCUCGUGGAUCUAUCACAGAAGUCAUGGAGGUUCACGUUGUCCUCUUUGGUGUAUCGGAGGAAACCCGUCACUUCGGCCGAAGCAGAAGGUCAUCCACUAGUCGUAUGGAAAUCUACCGGCCAAGGGUCGAUUGUGCCCUCUCUUAGGUCCACUGGCAACGCAGAGCUCGACCGCGAGCUGUUUCAGGAGCUGGUGGUGCCGUUGAAGAAGGCUGCCCGAGAGAAGUUAGAGGAAGAGGACCUGAAGUGCGCCGCAGCCAUGAAUAUGGAGGAGGCAGAGGCGGAAAAUCAGACCCACGAAUGUUGUUGUUGCUUCACCGACAGCCCUUUCGAAGACUUCACUGCCUGCAGCAACGACGGACACAUGAUAUGCGUCAGAUGCGUGCACCUCUCCAUCAACGAGGCCAUCUUUGGACAGGGCUGGGCAAAAUCUAUCAUCCCGCAGACUGGUACGCUCCGGUGUCCAGCAGUGCCCACAACCACCAGCGCAGACCCUUGCGACGGCUGGAUCCCCUCGGACCAGAUGCACCGCGCAAUGCUUGGCGUCAAGAAGGGUGCCUCGAUCAUGCUGAAGCUCGAACAGCGGCUUGCCGACCAUAACCUCUCUGCGUCAGGGCUCCCCGUCAUCCGCUGCCCCUUCUGCGACUACGCCGAGGUGGAUGACAUCUACGUCGAGGGCCGCCUGCGCCUCAAGAUCGAGAACCUGCACAACGUCGUCCUUGUCUGUCUCGUCCUUGCCUUUACGCCCUUUCUGCUGGCUGUGACACUGCUCUCGCUCUUCCUUGCGCUGCUCUUUAGCUCAGAGCAGACGUUCGGCGACCGGGUGAUGGCGGAACUCUACGCCAGCGUCGCAAGGCACCGGCGCCGCCAGCGCGGGCUACGGUUCACAUGCCAGUCUCCAGCGUGCGGGAGGGCAUCGUGUCUCAGCUGUGGAAAGGCCUGGACGGAUAUUCACGUGUGCCACGAAUCCAGCCUUGUCGCGCUGCGCACACAGGUCGAACAGGCCAUGAGCAUGGCCGUCAAGCGGGUAUGUCCGCGCUGCAAUGCCUCCUUUGUGAAGACCGCAGGCUGCAAUAAAAUGACUUGCCAGUGCGGGUACAAAAUGUGUUACGUGUGUCGGCGAGACAUUGGCGGGCAGGAGGGGGAAGAUGCGGGCUACCAGCACUUCUGCCAGCACUUCAGGCCGCAGGGCGACGGGCGACCAUGUACGAGCUGCAACAAGUGCAACCUCUGGGAGAAGGAGGAUACCGACGCCGUACUGCAGAAGGCAAAGGAGGAGGUGGAGCGGAAGUGGAAGAAGAUGGAGAAUCGCGACUUGAGCGGGGCUGAGAUGGCGUUCCUCGAGACAGGCGUCGCUGUCAAGGGGAAAGACCAGGGACUCGAGGCCGCUCUGGUUCAUGGGAGGCUUCCAACCAUUGCCGAGAUUUGCGAUAUGAUUGUCGGGAAUCUCUUUGCUUGAAAGUUGGGGUUUGACGGACAUUGGACCCAACACGACCUUCGGGGGCAUCCUUGCUUGUGUUUAUCUUCAUUUAUCUGUCUUUCUUCCUUCUUCUUUUUAUUCUUGUCUUCUCCAUUCCUGGUGGGGUUUUUAAAGUAAUAAGCUUCAGAUGGUGACUACACAAAGGACAAACAGCACAGAACGUCGAGGCACGACAGACAACGGUGGGAUAUUCGGCGUAACGGAUGGCGGGCUGGUGGGAAUAGGUUUGGCCUCUCGGUUAUUGCACAGGUUUGUUCAGCGUUCUUACAGCAUGGGGCUAAGAGGCACAUAUAGCAUGAGAUCCAGGAAGCAAGACAUUGUGAGCAUCGCGUGAAAGAUGGCGAAUACGCUCCUCCUUACAAAGUUUAAUCGUCGAUACGGGAACGAAGCAAUAGAGUCAAUCCCUU